AUGGGGAUGCCACCUUCAUCCUUUCUCAAAGGAAAGACCAUUAGAUUACUUGGAUUUUUCAUGAUCUUGUUCCUCUUCUUUAUACCAGAUAAAUCUGAUCAUUGUGUUCCGUCUAAUAAGAGUUCCUCCAAUAUCCCUUGGCUGGAAAAUCUAAAUCUAGAUGGUUACUCCAGCUUUGAUGAUAUUGAACAUGCAGCUAAAGACUUUGGCAAUAGAUACCAUUUCCAACCAUCAGCGGUUCUGCAUCCAAAGUCUGUUUUCGACAUUUCCUCCACUAUAAAGUAUAUUUUUGAUAUGGGUUCCAGUUCAGAGAUAACAGUGGCUGCCAGAGGCCAUGGUCACUCCGUUCAGGGUCAAGCACAAGCUCAUCGAGGAAUAGUAAUCAACAUGGAAUCACUACAAGGUCAAGAGAUGAGGAUUCACACGGGGGAGACACCUUAUGUUGAUGUGUCAGGAGGAGAGUUGUGGAUUAAUGUUCUGCAUGAAACUGUUAAAUAUGGGCUUGCACCCAAAUCUUGGACAGAUUACCUUCAUCUCACCAUAGGAGGUACCUUAUCCAACGCUGGAAUUAGUGGACAGGCAUUCCGACAUGGACCUCAGAUCAACAAUGUUUACCAGAUGGAAGUUAUCACAGGCAAGGGAGAAAUAGUUACCUGUUCAGAAGAGCAGAAUACAGAUCUCUUCUAUGGUGUUCUUGGAGGACUAGGACAGUUUGGCAUAAUCACUCGGGCUAUCAUAUCUCUUGAACGGGCACCUAACAUGGUUAAAUGGAUCCGGGGAUUAUAUUCCGAGUUCUCCAAGCUCUCCAAAGACCAAGAAUAUUUAAUAUCAGCUGAAAAUUCUUUCGAUUACAUUGAAGGGUUUGUAAUAAUAAACAGAACUGGUCUCCUCAACAGCUGGCGGACCUCCUUCAGUCCCAAAGACCCACUUAAAGCCAACCAAUUCACAUCAGAUGGAAGAGUACUCUAUUGUCUGGAAAUUGCUAAAUACUUCAAUCCAGAUGAGUACGACAGCAUGAACCAGAAAACUGAGGACUUGCUGUCAGAACUAAGUUACAUUCCAUCAACACUUUUCACGUCAGAAGUUUCUUAUGUGGAAUUCUUGGAUAGAGUGCAUGUGUCUGAGAUAAAGCUCCGAGCAAAAGGCUUAUGGGAAGUUCCACAUCCAUGGAUGAAUCUUCUAAUCCCAAAAAGCAAAAUUUCUGAAUUUGCUCAUGAGGUCUUUGGCAACAUUCUCUCAGAGAGGAGCAAUGGCCCCGUUCUCAUCUAUCCAGUCAACAAGUCCAAGUAA